UCCGAGCGAGCAGGUGGGAUGGCGUCCGACCGUAGAGGUCCAGGGCCAAGCAGGCUGGUUUGAUGGGCGGGCAGAGAAGGGGCACGCAGGAGCAGAUGCCGCUGACCUUCCAGGAUGUGGCCGUGUACUUCUCUCAGGCGGAGGGGCAGCAGCUGGGCCCCCAGCAGCGGGCGCUGUACAGGGAUGUGAUGCUGGAGAACUACGGGAACGUGGCCUCCCUGGGAUUCCCUGUCCCUAAGCCGGAACUGAUUUCCCAGCUGGAGCAAGGGGAGGAGCUGUGGGUCGUGGAUCUUCUGGGAGCUAAGGAACCAGAGGUCUUGAGAAGCUGCCAGAAAGAUUCUGAAAUUGGGACUGAGAAGAAACUAUCCAUUCUAAACCAGAAAUGUUCUGAAGAAGUAAAAACUCCAGAAUUUAUAUCAAGAAGAUUCUUAAGGGGUAAUCCACAGGCAUCUGAUUUUCAGGAAGCUUGGGACCAGGAGCAUAAACUAGAAGAGCACCUGGCAAAUGCUGUUGGGCAGAAUUUGAAGAAACUUCAUCUUUACAAAAGAGUUUUUAUAAAAGAAACUGCUGUGGAUAAGGAAAGCUCUCCAGGAGAAGAAAACCAGAAGUGUAGUGCAUUUGAUAGAAAUUUGAAUCUGAACCAAAGUGUUGUUAGACUUCAAAGAAAUAAAACAGGAGAGAGAGUCUUUAAAUGUGAUAUAUGCAACAAAACCUUCAAAUAUAAUUCAGACCUAAAUAGGCAUCAAAGAAGUCACACAGGGGAAAAGCCUUAUGAAUGUGGCCAGUGUGGCCGAGCCUUUACUCACAGCUCAAGCCUUAUUCUGCACCAUCGAGUUCACACUGGAAAUAAACCAUUCAAAUGUGAUGAAUGUGGGAAGACUUUUGGGCUCAAUUCCCACCUCCUUCUCCAUCAGAGAAUUCACACUGGAGAGAAACCUUUUGGGUGUAGUGAAUGUGGGAAGGCCUUCAGUAGAAGCUCAACUCUUAUUCAACAUCGUAUAAUUCACACAGGAGAGAAACCUUAUAAAUGUAAUGAAUGUGGGAAAGCCUUCACCCAGAGUCCCCAGUUAACUCAGCAUCAGAGAAUUCACACUGGAGAGAGGCCCCAUGAAUGCAAUCAAUGUGGGAAGGCCUUUAGUCGGAGUUCAAGCCUUAUUCAGCAUCAGAGAAUUCACACUGGAGAGAAGCCCCAUAAAUGCAAUCAAUGUGGGAAAGCCUUCAGUCAAAGCUCAAGCCUUUUUCUCCAUCAUAGGGUUCAUACUGGAGAGAAACCCUAUGUAUGUAAUGAAUGUGGCAGAGCCUUUGGUUUCAACUCUCACCUCACGGAACAUGUAAGGAUUCACACUGGAGAGAAACCCUAUGUUUGUAAUGACUGUGGCAAAGCCUUUAGUCGGAGUUCUACUCUUGUUCAGCAUCGAAGAGUUCACACUGGGGAGAAGCCUUAUAAGUGUGUUGAAUGUGGGAAGGCCUUUAGCCAGAGCUCUCAGCUCACCCUACACCAGCGAGUUCACACUGGAGAGAAACCCUACAAAUGUGGUGAUUGUGGAAAGGCCUUUAGCCGGAGGUCAACCCUUACUCAGCAUGAGAGAAUUCACAAUGGAAAGAACCCUCGUAAAUGCAGAAAAUGUGGUCCAGCUUUUGUUCAUGGCUCUGGCCUUAUACCAGAUGGACAGAUUCUCCCUAGAGAGAAAUGUGGCAGAGACUUCAAACAUGGUGCAAACUUUGUUCUGCACUGGAUAAUUCACACUGGUGAGAAAUCUUUUGGAUGUAAAGAAUGUGGAAAAACUUUCAGUCCCACCUCACAACCCAUUGAAGAUCAGAAAAUCCAUGCUGAGCAAAAACCCUACAAAUAUCAAGAAUGUGGAAAAGCCUUUGGUGGGGGUUCUACCCUUAUUCAACAUCAGGUCACUCAUACUGUUGAGAAACCUUAUCAUCCCCCUGUGUGUAGGAAAGCCUUCAUCCAGAGUUUGCAACUCACACCAAAUCAGCGAACUCAUGUUGAAGAGAGGCCUCCUUUAAAUGAUGGAUCUGAAAAAUACUUUAUUCAUAUCAAAAAGAUUUUCUAAGAAUCACAUUUUUCAUAUGAUAAAUGUGGGAAACAAUUUAGCAAUUGUUCAUCUUAUUUUGGAUAGGAUGGCAUAAUAAAAGUUAAGUGAGGUCUAAAUAUUACAGGCAAACCAAAAUAAACAUUUCAUAUGACUAUUAAAGUCAUUAUGUUUGAAAGUAAACGAGAGAAUUCAUUCUGGAAAAUAAGGCUAUCUGUGUUAAGGUUGUGGUUGUUCUCAAGAGGUGAGCCAUGUGAUGCUACAUUCAAAUAUGAAUGGAGGGCAUGAAAAGUCAGCCCACCUGAUUCUGAAUCUACCCUACAUGAUUUCCCUCCAGUCUUAUCUCUUCUUUUCCUAUCUAAGCCUGGGCUUCUAUGUGAGUAUUUCCAGUUUCAGUCCUGCACACCUGCCUCCAGGUGUAGCACAGAGAACUUUGGCCAGUCAGGCAGACUCAAACCUUAUUCCAUCAGAUGUCUGGCCCAUCUCCCCCACAAAGCUACAUAGUAACUGCAGGUGGAGUUCCCUCCUCACUUGGAGCCCCAGUUUUUGCAUUUGUAAAAUGAAAGUUGUUUUGUUUUUUAGUUUUUAAGGAAUUGUCCAUUUCAUCAGAGGAGGGACAUCAGGAGCCAGUAAAGGAGGGGGCUGCCAAGUAGCUCCACUUUUGAAAACGUAAUUACUAAUAAAGUUUUUUUUUUAA